UAUAUUCUAAUACGGGUAACUUUUCCACCAAUCGAAAUUGUGCUUAGUAAAAAAUUCUUUUUCCACCAUUAUUUCCCUCGUGUUUGUUACAAAUUGUAACAGGGAACAGAGCAGCCAUGGCCGAUCCAGCAGAGCCACAUAAGACAGCUGAAAAUCCUGAGGAUGUUGAAGAAGUGGAGGAGGAGGAGGAAGAACACGGGGAUACCCCAGCAGCAUUGACCAGCCAGUUGAUGCAGAAUCCCCAGAUUCUGGCAGAUCUACAACAUCGACUCGGGAGUAUGGUGGGGGUCAGCUCUGGAUAUAUUCAGAGUCUGCCUAAGUCAGUCAAGCGUCGAAUCAAAGCCUUGAAGAAAUGGCAGUUUGAGGCGGCAAAAAUAGAGGCUGACUUCUAUAAGGAAGUUCACGAGCUAGAAUGUAAAUACGCAUCAAAAUACACUCCACUUUAUGAGAAGAGAAAGACUGUUAUUACGGGUAAUGUGGAACCAACUGAUGAAGAAUGUGACUGGCCCAGCGAUGACGAAAAGGAAGAUGAACAAUUAUCGGUAAAGAAUCCUGCGGAGGACAUGAAAAAUAAAGCAAAUGUAGAAGAAAAAGAAAAGGAGGACAAAGACAAAAAAGAAGGAGAAGAUGUGAAGGGAAUUCCACAUUUCUGGUUGACUGUGUUUAAAAAUGUUGACAUGUUGUCAGAAAUGGUUCAGGAACACGAUGAGCCAAUUUUACAACAUUUACAGGAUGUCCAAGUCAAAUUUUCAGACACAGAUUCAAUGGGAUUCACUCUAGAAUUUUACUUUGACACCAAUGAUUUCUUCACAAACACUGUUUUAACAAAGCACUACUCAAUGAGGUCAGAACCUGAUGAAGAGGAUCCUUUCUCAUUUGAAGGCCCAGAAAUUGUCAAGUGCAAAGGUUGUGAGAUAGAUUGGAAGAAAGGUAAAAAUGUAACAGUCAAAACGAUAAAGAAGAAGCAAAAACACAAGGGGAGGGGAACAACUCGCACUGUGACAAAAACAGUACAGAACGAUUCCUUCUUCAACUUCUUCAACCCCCCACAAGUGCCAGAUGAUGAAGAAGGAGAUAUGGAUGAAGAUCUAGAGGCUCUCUUAGCAGCAGAUUUUGAGAUUGGACAUUUUAUAAGGGAGAGGAUUGUUCCGAGAGCCGUGCUGUACUUUACAGGAGAGGCUCUAGAACAAGAUGAUGAUUUUGAUGAAGAAGGUGAAGAGGAGGGAGAGGGAGAGGAGGGGGAGUAUGACGAGGAAGGCGACCCCGAUUAUAACCCGACGAAUGAUCCAAGCAAACCAGCAGAGUGCAAACAACAAUGAUAGCUUCUACAUAGUGACAUCUUAUUUUUACCAGUUUUCUAUUAAAUGGCUUGGGUUAUUUGGAUGCAAAGCAGAGUUCGAUGCACGAAUCUCCAUUUUAAUAGCAUUUAGUGCAAUUAUUUAUUUAAGAUUCCUUUAAAACAAAACAUAAAAGAAAAUUGUGGAAAGUCCCUUGAAGGCCAAGUAUUCUCAAGGAUCGCUUUACUUCGUGAAUUAUGGAUAUCCUGAAGGAACAAAUAUUUAUAAUUCACGCUCAACAAACGACAAUUUGAUUUCGCUUACCUCCCUUUGAUCUGAAACUUAGUUGUCAGAGACGCACAAAUCUCCCCCUUUCGUGUUUGUGUAUGUGCUUGUUCAUGAAGCGAUUGGAUUUUGUUAAAAUAUAUAUUUUUGCUUUGUUCAUAUAUGUUUACAAAGAGACAAGACAUCAGAUGUAUACAUUUUCAUGUAAUAAUCUGUGAUUGAUAUCAACAUCGGAUUCCAUUGAUUAGUCAACCAGUUAAUUUCACUAAAAUGCAUGUUAAUGUUAUUGUCAAAGAAAAUAAAGAAAAAUCUACUGUUUGUAAUGAACACAA